GCUCAGUCUGGUCCCGGAGUGUGGACCGGAGCGGGUGGGGGGAGGAUGUUGCCCGGCAGGAGGAACGUUUAUGUGCUGCUGGACAUCCUAUGUGUCUGUGUCGCAUCCCUUCCAUUCAUUAUUAUGACCCUGGUGAACUCUCCAUACAAGAGGGGAUUCUACUGCGAUGAUGAGUCUAUUAGAUACCCAUAUCGGGAGGAUACUAUUACUCAUGGGCUGAUGGCUGGAGUCACCAUUUCUUGCACUGUUAUAAUAAUUACUUCAGGAGAAAUGUACAUGGUAUUUUCCAAGAGACUAUACUCUCGCUCUGAGUGUAAUAACUAUGUUGCUGCACUCUACAAGGUUGUUGGAACCUUUCUUUUUGGAGCUUCCGUAAGCCAAUCUCUCACUGAUCUUGCCAAGUACAUGAUUGGUCGGCCAAGGCCCAACUUCCUGGCGGUGUGUAACCCCGAAUGGACUUCUGUCAACUGCUCUGGAUAUGUGACUGACUUUGUCUGCCGUGGAAGCCCUGCCAACGUUACAGAGUCUAGACUCUCCUUCUACUCUGGGCACUCAUCAUUUGGAAUGUACUGCAUGCUGUUUCUGUCUCUGUAUGUCCAGGCCCGGCUGUGUGGUAAAUGGGCUCGCCUCCUCAGGCCCACAGUGCAGUUUUUCCUACUCUCCUUUGCACUCUAUGUUGGGUACACCCGUGUGUCUGAUUACAAGCACCAUUGGAGCGAUGUCCUUGUGGGACUUCUGCAAGGGGCACUAGUGGCUGCUCUUACUGUUCGAUAUGUCUCAGAUUUUUUCAAGGUCAGACCACCACAACAAACCAGCAAGGACCCUCUUGAGAGCAAACCAAGCCUCCAACUUUGUGAAUCAGAUCAAAAUCACUUUGGAUAUCUGGGGGGAUCCUGAGACACACGCAUCCAGCACCUUGCCUCCCUGUGAGCAAUACUAACCAUUUCCUAGGGAUGCUCAAGCUCUAAUGGACAAUUCCUGUACACUAGCCAAUCCAACAGGCUCAUGGACUUAACGAGCGAAUUCUACUGGUUGAAAUUUGCUUGGAUAUUUCAAAAUGUUGUGACUUUUUUUUUUUUUUUUUUUUUUUAAGCACAAAAACCAAAGUAGUUUUAUAAUUUUUAUUUUUAAGAUUUUUUUUUUAUUAUUUUCAUACGGCAGAUUGUGGUUGUGUGAUUGUAUGUGCAUGUUUAUUGGAGUUCUGCCCAUUUAAGAGUGCAGAUUGGUGAGUUCUUAGUUCGAAAUGUUCCAGCAUGUGCUAUUUUGACAUGGUAUGGUGUGUUAGCUGUGCAUUGUUUGUAUAUAUGAGAGUGAUAGUUUGUGCCUGGGUCUCUGUGACCCUUUUGUCUUAGCUAGCCUGUGGUUGCUAUUGUUUGAGUAAAUGUGAAGGAAGAGGUAGCAAUACCUACAUGUUGUGUUUCCUUCCCUAAUGGGUGCAGUUUGGCUCUCCAUUUUCCUUUUACGUGAGUGUGUGAGAGCGAUGCGCGUCACAAUGACUAUCUUUGUGUGUUGGUGUCUCCCCAGAUUAUUUUAACCACUGCUCAUCAGCACAAAGCUUCUAAAGGGUAAUCGGAGACCCUUGAGAGCUUGGGAAAGUGCAUUAAUGGGAGAGGUCAAAGGAUAAAGUUAUUUUAAGACACUCCUUGUACAUAAUAUAUAUUCAUUUAUUGGGUUUUACUGUGUAUCACACCCCGAGUCUGUGUGUUGGUUAAAAACGAGACCAAGUCCACAGCGUCCCUUUGGCAAUGACGGGGUUAACUGCUUUAAUCCGUUAGCCCAUUGUCUGUCUGCAACAUUAUCAUUAAGCAUUUUUGGCUUAUUUUUGUUCAAAUAGUUUUUUUGUUUAAAUUGGCAAUGCAGUUUCAAAAGGUAAUACCCUGUUAUUUUCCACAUGAUACAAACUCCUUACUCCCACCCUGAAUAGAACUUUCUUUGAGCACCGGGAUGUGUACAUUUAAUAAUGAAAUCCACUUUUACCUUCCUGCUUUCCCUAUAAGAUGCGCACAUUAUGUAGUGCUACCUGCGUGAAGCAAUUGGAUAAUCCUUUGCGACCCUGCAGGCCCCCACUAUCUCAAAAAGAAUCUUGUGCAGCACACACAGGCUCGGGGCAUACUGACCAAAUGCAAUUUUUGUAAUUAAUGCUUUUUUAUUGUAUAAAAUAGAAUAAAAUGUUAUAAAGCAGAAGGAGGACCUCCCAUGCCUCCAGAUAUCACAUUCUCCUGGCCUGUGAUUUGUUGGGCAGAGGGCUUGGAUAAUGUAGGCUGGGGUUUAACUGAUUUAGUAAUGAUGCAUUAAGGUGGCAUAUUGUGUUGAGUUGCUCCCUUUGUCACAAUUGUUUUAUAUAUUGUAUGAAAUAGUUUGAUAUUUUUUUUUUUUUUUUUUUUUUUUUAAGACCCUUGUUUGUGAAAUGUAUUUAGCAGUGUAUAUAGUAAAGUGAGUAUAUGCACAUUUGACAUUUUAUAUUGGAAAAUCAUAUCUAUUAAAACUAUUGACCACGCA